AUGGGCCAAAGAUCUAUGCAAAUCCAAAUCCACGAGAGCAAAGAAGAGUCUAUUGCAAACCAUUCCAAUCAUGAAUCCAGAAUUCUCAUCACAGAACAAAUACCACCGCCAGAACAUAACAUUUUUACUACUGCUCCUGCUCGAAAAUGUAGUUCAUUGGUCAACAAGCCUGAAGAACAAAAAGAUGAAUCACCAUCAUCAUGGAGGCUAAGCUUGCGGAAAACUAGCAGCCAAAAUGCACUUAGUGAGGACAGCAUGCCCCGUGACAAAGAGAAAGGCAGCUCCAUCUAUUACUCUUCUUCAACCCCUCGGAUAUCUGCACUAUUAGAUAACCAAGAAAAGCAGGACAAGGAUAAUAGGAUCUAUUUUGCUUCAAUAUCCCCUCGAAAAUUAAAUAAUACAGGUGACAUUGAAGAAAAAGAAAACAGAGAAUCUGCUGUUAACUUGGUACGGAGUGGUCCUUACUCUCGCCAACAAUGGAGGGAGGAACCAAAGGGGAAUGAAGCCCCUACAACUGGUGCACCUUCCACCUACAUAUCUACCUAUUUGAAAAGUGCUUCAUUUGGUAGAAGUAGUGAAAUCAGCAGUCCCUACAUUUCAGCUAAUCGCAAUGCAUGUUCUACUACCUCAUCUACUAUUAUUGAUUCAUCUACCUCAUUGGGCACAGAGUGGCAGAUUGCCCCUUGCCCAACAUCUACCAGGUUUAACACUACACCAUCAGUUUACCAGUCUACCAGAGCCCCUUACCGACAACAAAGUGACUCUACCACAGAGAAGAGCACAGAGGCCGUCUCUUCUAGCAUUCCAUUAAGUGCCAUAACAAAUCUCACUGUACCUGGAAGUUCCAAUGGUGUCACAACUACUAAUUCUAACUCACUGACUGGAACAGAGUCAUCUGCUGGUGAUGCCAGGGAUCGAAGAAGGUCCUAUCUGACACCUGUAAGGGAUGAAGAAGCAGAAUCUCUAAGGAAAGCUCGAUCUAGGCAAGCUCGUCAGACUCGCAGAUCUACCCAGGGUAUAACACUUACAGACCUGCAGGAGGCAGAGAAAACAUUUAGCCAGUCUCGUGCAGAGCGGUUUACUCAGGAACAGCCUAGUGAAAGGUCAGACCGCCUCAGAGCUAGUGAGGGAAGUGGUGGAAAACAAGAAGAUAUUACCAGAAGAGAAUCCAGGGAGAUCAACUCACCAUGGACUAGAAACUUGGAUGAAGAGUCUUCUGGUCGUCGAUUGAGAUACCUAGCACAACAAGACAAACCUACAACUGCUGUCUCUCCUUCAUUAACUUCCAGUCUUUAUUCAAGUUCUCACAUGCCCAAAACAAGUAGAUUUACAUCUUCUGAUUCAUUAAGCUCAGCAGAUUACCAAAGCACAUCAGCUGGCAACAUGGAGAAAAAUGAAUACGAAGAUCAGGACCUGGAUGAUAGAACUUCAAACAAGCAGUCAGUAAGAGAGAGACGGAGACCAAAAGAGAGACGGAGAGGCACUGGAAUCUCUUUCUUUACAAAGGAUGAUGAAGAAAUAGAUGGUACUGAAGAAGUAAUGGAGGACAAG